AUGGUCUUCCCAGAACUACCAAUACCCAGGAAAGUAUGCACCGGAACUACUACAGGCUCAGAGAAAACAGUGCAUUAUGGUUGGAAUGGUGGACCUGUUCACGAAGAAAACUGGAAAGCUGCAUUGAAGGGGAUCCCAAUUUCCUAUGGAGCCAAUCCCAUCACCGACAUUGGAACCACCCUUGGGAUUGCAAAGAAACACAAACGUGGCCAUGAAAAGGUCAUCAAUAAUGGAAGGCCACCAGACACAACAGACAAACUUGUUGAUGGAAAGAAAAAGAAAAAAUUCAAGCUUGGGAGACCGCCAAAGGCAACAAACUUCAACAAAAGCCUCUGGUCAGCUUAUCCAUCCUACCAAACAAAUAAGGACAACACAGCUUGA